AUGCGUCAAGGCUCCGCCGAUGCCAACGCCGAUGCGGCGUUGGCCAGGAUGGGCUACAAGAGUGAAUUGCCGCGCAACUUGAGUAUGCUGAGUAUCCUCGGACUCUCCUUCGCCAUCAUGGCCGCCCCUUUUGGGCUCAGUACCACCCUGUACAUCACGCUCACCGACGGCCAAUGCGUUAGCAUCAUCUGGGGCUGGGUCCUCGUCACCUUAAUCUCCAUCGGUAUCGCCGCCUCCCUCGCCGAAAUCUGCGCCGUGUACCCGACCGCCGGAGGUGUCUACUACUGGAGCGCCAUGCUGUCGACGAAGGAAUGGGCCCCGAUGAUGUCGUUCGUGGAUGGCUGGUUGACACUGGUGGGAAACUGGACGGUCACCCUGAGCAUCACCUUCUCCGGGGGACAGCUGAUUCUGAGUGCCAUCUCGCUGUGGAAGGAAGAUUUCGUGGCCAAUGCCUGGCAGACGAUCCUCAUGUUUUGGGCGGUGAUUUGGUUCUGUGCGAUGGUCAAUAUCUUCUUCUCCCGAUGGCUGGAUAUUAUCAAUAAAGUGUGCAUCUUUUGGACAGCGGCGAGUGUGGUCAUCAUCUUGGUUACGCUUCUGACCAUGGCGGACCAUCGCAACGACGGUGCGUAUGUCUUUGGUCAUUAUGAUGCAUCGCAGAGCGGAUGGCCAUCGGGAUGGGCUUUCUUCGUCGGCCUCCUUCAGGCUGCCUAUACCCUCACGGGGUACGGCAUGGUAGCCGCCAUGUGCGAAGAGGUGCAGAACCCACACCGCGAGGUCCCCAAAGCGAUUGUCCUCUCCGUCGUCGCCGCCGGCAUCACCGGCGUCGUCUACCUCGUCCCCAUCCUCUUCGUUCUGCCCGACGUCAAGACCCUCCUCAACGUCGCCAGCGGCCAACCCAUCGGCCUGGUCUUCAAAACCGUCACGGGAUCGGCCGGAGGGGGCUUCGGUCUUCUCUUCCUGAUUCUAGGCAUCCUCAUGUUCGCCGGAAUCGGAGCCCUCACGGCCGCCAGUCGAUGCACCUACGCCUUCGCCCGCGACGGAGCCAUCCCCGGAUUCCGCAUCUGGCGCAAGGUCAACGACCGCCUCGACGUGCCGGUCUACGCCAUCCUCCUCUCCACCGUGGUCGACUGCCUGCUGGGUCUGAUCUACUUUGGGUCCACGGCCGCCUUCAACUCCUUCACCGGCGUCGCCACCAUCUGCCUCUCCACCUCCUACGGGGUCCCCAUCCUCAUCAGCGUGAUUCGCGGCCGCCAGGCCGUCAAAGAAUCUACCUUUUCGCUGGGUCGCUUCGGUUACGCUAUCAAUAUCGUCACCGUCUGCUGGAUCGUUCUGGCCGUGGUCCUCUUCUGUAUGCCCGUUUCGUUGCCGGUCGAUGCGUCGAGUAUGAAUUAUGCGAGCGUGGUCUUUGCUGGCUUUGCGGCGAUUAGCAUCACUUGGUAUGUUGUGUAUGCCAGGAAACAUUUCACGGGCCCGCCUGUCACGGGCGACGAUAUGGCCGACUUCGAUCGAGUCUUCGUCCACGCCCUCAACACCGUGAAACGCAUCCCCCGAACCGGUACCGCCCGGCCACCCGCGUCCGAGCGAUUGAAGCUCUAUGGCUUGUAUAAACAAAGCAUGGAGGGUGACGUGGAGGGGGUGAUGGAUCGACCGGUCGGGAAUACGGCGGAUGUGUAUGCGGAGUGUGAGAAGUGGGAUGCAUGGUUCGCGCAACGGGGGUUAUCCCGCACCGAGGCGAAACGUCGAUAUAUCUCGACGCUGAUCGAGACGAUGCAUCGCUAUGCUUCGCAGACGCCGGAGGCUAGGGAGUUGGUUUCGGAACUUGAGUUCGUCUGGGAUCAGGUUAAGAUCAAUACUUCCGCGUCGUCGGCGUCCAGUGGUAGUCCUGUGCAGGCGGUUGCGCCGCCGUUGUCGCACUCGCAGCCGAGCUAUGCCAGUAUCGGAGGUCGCUUGGCUCGUUCCGACUAUGAGCAUUUGAUUGCUACGGCGCGCGGGGAUUCGCGGUUACGAGUGCUUAGUCCUGUUAGUCAACCCGAGGAGGUGUUUCAGCGGCGGCGCGGGUCCCAUGGGGAUCGUGUGCAGGAUGAGGAAGAGGAGGAAGAGGAGGAGGAGGAGUAUGCGGAGGCACAGGAUACUCUUGACGAAGAUGAUAAUGAUCAUGACAAUGAUGAUGGCUCUUAUAACAAUGCCACUGAGGAUGGGAGUGAACAGGACGCGGAUGAGGCCGUACUACGCGGUCGUGGGCGGACUGGCCCCAAGAAACCCCCGGAUGUCGAUAGUCGGCGAUGGCGGCGGCGAGUCGAGCAGGCCUUGACGAAAAUGACCGCUGAGAUUGCCGCGGUCCGGGAGCAGAUGGAAGCCCGCGCGGUGGCUCAUCGGCGGCGGAAUACGGUCUGGGCGUGGCUGAAAUGGCUCGUCUGGGUCACGCUUCGCCAGGUCAUUUGGGACCUGGCGAUCCUGGGGAUGAUGUUGAUCUGGAUGCGGCUGCGCGGGGACCGCCGCCUGGAGAGUAAGCUCAAGGUCGGAUGGGCGGAGGUGAAGACGCGGCUGUCGAAGUUGAAAGGGCUUCGACGGGUGUCCAAGGUACAUAAAUGCCCUUAG